AUGAGUCUCGAUGAAGAUGUUUCGUAUGGCACUCAAGACAACCUUUGCCAGGUGUCGUCGCUACGACCAGUAUCUUACCUCUCCCGAGAACAAUCGUUGACCUUCGAUUACGCAGACAAACGUCACAAACGCCGGCGAUCAGAGGAACUAAUUGAUUUGAACCUGGUUAUGUCUAACACAGAGGAUUCAACUACUGUCCAUCGUUCUGCGAAGAAGCUAUGCGAUCGGACAGAACAAAUCGCGAAGGACAUUAGUCGUCAACUGCAGCAAGGGAUGGAACUAGACGGUGAAGUUAUGGAGUUCCUUGCGGAAUUUAUCUUCGAAGUAUUUGGGAACCUUACUUCAGAGGGAGUCAAGUCUCAUUUACUUGAGACACCGUGGCCUGGAAAUAACAACCCCCAACACCAGAGCCUUGCAACGUUCACAGCUUACCAGCGAAGCCUUUUCCUCAUCUAUUGCAAUGAAGACCGGCACUGGAACUUGGGGGUAUCAGAGAUCCACGAGAACAGGAUUUAUUUCAGCUUCUACGGUGUAACGGCCCAACAGGCAAAAGAGCAUUUCGUACGAUGCAUAGAUACAGGAGAUUCUGGUUACGAGGCAGAAUACCAGUCACAGAAGGGCUUUCUGUAUCCGCUUGACACUUGUAGCUCUGGCAUUUAUGCGCUGAUGUACCUCAAACGCAUUAUUACAGGCGAAAUCGCAUCUCAGCUCAUAGAUCCAACAGCGGCCAGAGAGGAAUUCAUGGACAUGAUGGUUGAUGUGCCUAUCAACUCUUACAAAUCGCUAUCGAGCAAUAAUGCAUCGAUUUUGCGCAGAAUAAAGGCAGACCAAUGUGGGUUGGAUGAUGAUUUUAGCGAGCUUGACGUGAUAAUACCAUCAACACAACAGGAAGAUGAUGGUGCUUCACGCAGUUUUCUGGACUUUGUCAAGGCGGCAAAAGCGCGAGGGACGAAGGAACAACUGAAGAAUGAGCUAGACCUUGAGGAGGAGAGGCUAUCAAUGGUUUUGGAAACGCUCCAGACAGCAAGAAUUGAGGAGGUUAAAGCAGAGGGAAAAGCAGAGGGAAUAAUGCAUAUGCGCGACAUGUACGUGCGUAAGCUACAGUCUCAUCGAUCCAGCUCUUCUCAAACAUUGUUUCCUGCGGGACAACAACCGCCGACCGAUCGUGCACAAACAGUCUUGGCUCAUUUGAGAGAGGUUUUGGCCGACGAAGUGAGAGACAAAGUCAUGGAGUAUGUAUCACAAGCUAGCCUGGAGGCACAAAGUAGUACAACGAGUGACCGUGCAAAGUGUCGGCGAAGGAUCCGAGCACUAUCGCAGAAAAUGGAGGAGAUUAGGAAGAGGGUGGAGACGUUACGAGUGGGUGUUCAGACCGUAGAAGCUCAUGAUGAGUUCGAAAGCAAGUCUCUUGGGAGCAAAUUGACGUCGUUUUCUAAAGAGAGAUGGUCGAAUGCCUACAACAAUAGCCCUUAUUAG